AUGCCCGAAUCUUACAUUGUGUACCCUUUGCACGAGUUUGAUGACUCUCCCAUCAACCGAUACAUACAACACUGGACCCUGCGAUUCGAUGCCGUCCUUGACACGCACAAGCUAUGCGCAGCUCUUACACACCUCCUGAGCCAGGGUGACUGGAGAAAGUUAGGUGGCCGUUUGCAGUUCAACAAGGCCGGCAAGCUUGAGAUUCACGCGCCAAGAACAUAUACUCAAGCCCGUCCAGCAUUCCAAUUCUCGGAGCAGACGUUCCCAGUGAGAACAGUGGAUCAUCCUGUUGCAAGAGACCUCCCGAGGGCAAGAGGCAAAGCCGAAUUGUUUCCCGGCAUCGCGUCACAGUUCAAUACCUUGACGAUCGGCCCCGAAUGGGCGCUUGAAUUUGAUGAGCAUAUCAGUCGUCAAGAGCCUGUCAUUGGUAUUCAUAUUGCUCUCUUCAACGAUGCAACAUUGAUAAGUAUCCGCUGGGUUCAUGUGGUAUGCGAUUUUAUGGGGAUCAAAGCUUUGGUCCUGGCUUGGUCAAUGGAUCUUGAUGGACGCUACGGUGACAUUCCGGAAUUUAUGGGAGCACACGAUGACCCUCUGAAGAAUGUCGGUUCAGUGCCUCCCAAGGAGCCAUACGCCCUGGCAGAUAUACAGCUAAGCCCCGAAGCUUUCAAGAAGACAUACGACAGAUACCUGGAACACGUCGAGGCAUACCCGUUCUCGGUGCGGCGCAUGCUCGUGCUACCAGAUUCUGCCUUGCAGAAAAUUAAGAUGGAUUUCAUCGGUGGCCACAGAUCCGAUAACCUCCAGGUUAUUCCCAAGGGAGCUCUCUUCAAUGGACAGUUUAUCAGCGACGCGGACAUUUUAGCUGCCUGGGCUGCGCGACUCUGCUGUGGCAUCCUUCCUGACACAGACCAGCCUGUUCAUGUGAUGGGCAUGUACGAGGCAAGACACUGUCUACCAGAAACGUUUCCCCAACGCAAGGAUAAACCAGAGUCCAGCCCAGUCUUCAUCGCCAAUGCAACAUUCUCCACCUCGACCAACACCACACUGGAGGCGCUUCGGCACCAGCCGCUAGCGAGAACCGCUCUCCUGGUGAGAGAGUCUGUGGCAACAUUAACCAAGGCGCCCCAAGUGCAUGCGCAACUGCAUCUUCUGCGGGAGUCAUACGCCAGGGAUACAGAGAACCCGGCCAUAUUUGCGGCUGAAAACUCUUUUAUUUUAGUUGUGUCUAAUUUCAGUAAGAUGGAAUUCUUUGACUCAAUUGACUUCUCCCCCGCUGUCAUAACCCCCGCCGCAGAGGGCCAUGGGAAGUCUCCAGGAAAAAUCGCUUGGCAUCAAUGGACUUCGCUACAGCACAGCACUCAUAUUCGCAACAUGUUCCAAGUGGGUGGCAAAGACGGUCAAGGCAAUACGUGGAUGAUGGCGAUCUUACCUCCCGAGACCUGGGCUGUGGUCGAGGAACAUUUAGCCGGUCUUUCGAGUGGGCCACGACCCAAGGCGCCUAGCAAGUUGUAG